AUGGUUCGCGUUACCGAGGAGUUGGCGCUGUCGUCUGACAAUGUCACUCUAUACCACGCCGCAGAUCCAUUGCUAGGCCAUCUUCCUCUACUACUCUUCCAUGGGCCCUCGACUACCGCAAACUACACCCUCAACAGUUCUCGAGUCCAAGUCCACGUCUUCACCCCCGCCGGCUUCCAGAGCUUCCCUCGAAUCACAAUCUCGCCCAAUUCUCCAUUUUACGGUGUCGUCCACCAUCUACCCCGCGAGUUUCAGGGCGAUGAGGUCUACCGCGCUCUGGCCUUCGCCCUCUUCAAGUACUUCACAGAGCUGCCCGAUGGCGUAAAAACAUACCUCAAGAACCUGUACCCUACGCGAGGUCGACGUCCAGGCAGUGCUCCUACUCUGUUCAGCGAGCAACAUGCUGCCGAGAUUGUUAAGGACAUGGUCCAGAGCGACCACGCAGCCGACAUCAUCGAGACAUUACAAGAUGCUCUGCAGACACAACAUAUCAGCAAUGUCGACCUCGACUUGGUUCUCCCACCAGGCGGUAUCGUGCCCCUCCAAGCCGCCGACCUCGAGGACGUGCCCGACGACGAAGACGAUAUCCUCGACCCAACUUUGCGCCAGUAUGGAGGUUACACACCGCUGAUAAAGCUAUUCGGAGAGCCAGUCUUCCUGCCGACUAGUCGCUUACGAAGAGCGCCCUCCAAGCCGACCGCCUUAAAUCGAAGCAAGUCGUUUCUAAAGGAUCAAAAGGUCGAAUUGCGCAUGAAGCUGACAGAAUUGGUGGAGACCGAGGAGCGGUAUGUGGGUAAAGUGAGGGAGCUGGUGAAGCACGUCGCAGCCGAUUUUCGAGAGAGCGCCCAAGCGCGAGCUCCUGGUAGUCUGAGCCCUUCCGAGGAAGAGUUGGAGAAGCUCUUCCCCAGUUCUGCAGAUGGCAUCCUUCAGGUCAACUCUGCCUUUAUGGAGGAGAUGCGGAGGAUCAUAGAUGACACCGAAGAAGAGGCCUUGAAAGACAUGGAAACACCUACGAUGAGCUUUAUGGGUUCCAAACUGGGCCGAACAAGAGACCCAAGUGGUGCUCUACAAAUCGCCAGAUUAUUCUUGGAGUGGUUUCCAAAGUUCACAGAGUGCUAUCAGGAUUAUAUCAAGGCCAGCCAACAUUUCCCCACGUUACUCAACUCUUUCCUCGACCAGCAAUCGAGUUUCAAACAGAGGGUAGCUCAGGCUGGUGAGCAGACGAUACGCUCUAUUCUUAUUGAGCCCGUCCAAAGACUUCCUCGUUAUAGCUUGCUUAUAGAUCAGAUCGUUGGCUGUAUUCCUAUGACGCAUCCCGCCUUACAACCCAUGUUGAAGGCGCGAGACAUCAUUACAAAUAUCUGCUCAAUGGAUGACCCCUUACCCGACAAGCCUCAUGUCGCCAAUAGACUUCGAAAUAUGGUUGAAGCCUGGCCUUUGAAUCUUGAACCGCAAGGACGCCUCAUUGCAGCCGCCGAUUUCACUGAGUUGGCACCACCUUUCCAGCCAUUGCUCAACCAGUCGGAUAGAUCUGGAAUCUUCCUACUCUUUUCAGAUUGUGUGGUUAUCCUCAAGAAGAUGAGCGGGAAUAUGACAGGACGAGAGCUUCUUCGUGAGAUCGAGAAACCCUCAGCCGCCGGUCUACUUAUUUCUAUGACCAACGCAGCAGGAGGUCCAGCGGCAUAUGAGUUCGUGUUUACAGGGUGGCAUGAUAUAGCCGACGUGCGGUUUACUGAGGCAGUAGACGGAACACUAUUCUGGAUGACUUCGACGUCAGAAAUGAGAGGAGCUCACCCAGGCGAGCACCGCAUCAGUAAGGCUGUGACAUCACGAUGUUUCCUUUUACAAGAGAUGUACGAAGCCAGAGCCGCCAAGUGGGGAGAGGAUGUGGUCAAAGCGAGAGUCGAAGCUCGAUUCUCGGAAAAAGAGCGAGAAGAUCCAACCUGGACUCUACGAUCAGCGCGAAUGCCAGAUAGCAAUCUGGGACUUCACGCUGCCAUUUUCCAGGAGGGUGCCGACCAACUCAUCGAGGGCCGCAAGGAGCCUGCCCCGAUUCGAGUGGUCGUCGAUCAUGACAGGGGCACUAAAGGAGCGCCUGUAGGCCACUACGGUGUCGAGAUUGUCGUGAAUGUGACCACGAACGAUAUGAAGAAGGUUUCGAUGCUCACAGUUGGGCUGAAUGGGAGGCAGUUCCAGGACGAAGUUGCUCUGGAAGACUUCCUCCCAACAAUGUCAAGACGAGUUAUUCAACUAUUAAGCACGCAACACAGUAUCUCCAAUAUGCAAUUGACGGCACCCCUCGUUUCUUAUUACUCCAAGACACUACAUGGACUCUUACUCAACACAAGAGCGGAAAAGACCAAAUCAUUCCUGGCUUCGUCUCCUGUCAAGCUCCUCUCCAGUUUCUGGGGAGGCAGUUCUGUACAUAUCUCCGAUACUGCAAGUCUAGGCUCAAAACACAAGCAGGUGCCUUCAAUACACCGAAACAACAGCCAAGCAUCUGUUGUCAGCUCAAUAAGGGGAGGCAAGGACAGUGUAUCUCAAGAGGAAACAAGGACCGAAAACCCAUUAGUGCGCCUAGAGCAGACGUUUACUGGAUAUGUUGCUGCACUUCAGUCCCGCAAGGGUCUUAUUAUUGGUCGGACAUUGCUACAACGCUCUGUGGUCGAUGAGCUGUCUGUGAACGAACUAUAUAACAGACUGAUUGAGAGCCCGUUUGACGUCGAUGCCGCCGCCGAUCUAGGCACCGAGGUCAUAUUUGUGGCUUUCGAAAAGUUCCUUCGCAUUGCUUGGACUGAUCAAAUCGGCCCUGUCAUGUCAAUGCAUUCCCUCGAUACGCUCCAGGCGCGGGUGAAUAAGAGAGUGCCUGGAGACUUUGCGGACUUUGUUAACUUUUUGUUUGGAGACAUGGCACCACAGAAUCGUCGGGCUUUCACUGCCCUCAUCAAGCUUUUGGCCAAUCUGCUGGACGGGUGUGGCAACGAUGGUGACAGGGGAGCGUUGACACUUGCUUUUGCAGAGCUGCUCGUCUACGAUGGAACAGCUCCUAAUUAUAUCAAUCUUCUCGAUCGUCUGGUGGAAGACUGUGAUCGAAUCUUCGAAGAACCUGGUUUAAAUCACAGUUUCAACCUCGACAACUCAACAUAUGAGUCGAUCAACUCGGCGAUCCGUGGCAAGGGGUACACACCCUCGUUGGCCUCAAACACUUCAUCGCUGCGCCGCAAAUUUGGGUUCGACAAUUUGCUACGGCAAAAUAGCAGAGACGAGAGACCAUCAGUAUGGCGACAACUCAGCCGUUCAAGGUCUAUCGAUGACAACACACUGCCCAAAAAGCUGUCGAGACGCCCAGGUUCCAAGGAUCGUCCGCCCAUAGCAGGGGCGUUUGACGAAAUGCAAAGGCCUGGCAGCUCUCAUAGGUUAUUGGAGACAAUCGGUGAGCCGGAGACUGAAAAACCACUGCCACGGUCGCCCAGGAGGAAGCGGCGUAGUUCGUUAUCAGACCUCAAGAGUCUCAUGGCAGCGACUACACUCGAUGACGACGCUGAAUCACCUCAACCGCUUCAGGACGCGAAGGAAACAUCAGAAAAGGUCAACGCGAGCCCCAAGGCGACAUCUCCGUCUAGAAUACCUGUUAGUCCCGGUGUAGCGACGUUGAGAGGUUCCAAGCAGAAGGAGAAUGUUCCAGAUCCGUUUCAGCAAAUUAUGUCGCCGAAUACUUUGGCGCCCAGUCCCAUGGAACUUUCAGAAGAGCCAACACGACGCACAUCACCAGCCAAAGGUCACAGGCACUCAAGGACCCUAUCAUCAACUAAUAUCCCGACACUGCGCCCCUACCGCUCAGCGCCUCCAGGAUCUGAAUCACCACCCCGUCCAAGCUCAAGUCCAACCAGGCGAGGAACGCAGAAACUCCGAUUGCAGUCCCCGCAAAAGCUUCGAGAGCGGCUCAACACCGAGAAGCAGGCUGUCGACGACGUGGACGCUUCUCUCAGAUCUGAGCUGUCCAAAAUUGGUGAGGAAAUGGCACGAGUCAACAAUACACGACCUCCGGGCUCCCAGUCUGUCGAUAUGAGACGAGUCAGUGCUGCUGUUCGGGAGUUGGAAGACCGCAUUCCCACUGCUAUUCAGGAACUACAAGACAAGCAAAAUGCGAUCCAGCGCGAUAUGGAAACCACGGUCAAGGCAGCCGAGGCCAAGGUGCGAGCGAUUGACCAGCUAUACAAGGAGGCAGUGGCAGAGAACGAGUUACUAUAUGAGAAGUUCAACGGAGAGCUUGGCAAGAUAGUCAAGGCUCUCAAGGGCAAGGGCAAGGACGAAAAGGAAGAGCUCAUGAUGAGACUCCGCGACCAAAGCGACGAGACAGCGCGGAUGAAGAAGGAGAACGCGCGACUGAAGCGCGAGAUGGUGAGUCUCCGCGCGGCGCUGAAGGGGACGACGGAGUAG